UGCAGCUGUGCAGACACUCGUAAUUGCAACAGCGUAGCGUUAACGUGGAGACGGGAGUCUGGUCUACACACUGAGCUUGGUCUGGUCCGCCUGAUCCACAUACAGCAGCAGGAUGAACAGCGCAGCUAUGUAUCCCCCUGCCACCGCACCGCCAGCUAACAUGUUCAACUCUGUGCCCGGCUACGAGGGCACUGUGGCUGGAGGAGGUGGUUAUCUGCCCCCUCCUAUGCCCAUGGAGCCUCUAGCCCCUCCUCAACCUGGGCUUGCACCUGAGACCUGGACCAUCCCAUCUCUGGAGGAGGAUGUGGCUCGUGAGGCGUUUAAGAGCUUUGCGUCUUCUCACUGCUGCUACAAUAACGCUCCGGCCAAAGAUGGGGUCAUCACCAAAAUGGAGCCGUUCAACACCUACAGGUACCGUCUGGAGACGUUCACUGAGUCCAGGUCAACUGAGUGGUCCCACAAACCUUAUGAAGGUGAGCAGGCUGACUUCUACACUCAGACUGCCCCCCGGCCCUGGGAGGUCCCGGCCACGCCACCCGACCUCUUCAUCGAUAAAAAACAGGAGAUCCGGGUGCCCUACACCUCCUCCAUCAAGGACUGCCACACCUGCCAUGCAUCAGGGACCAUGCCGUGCGAAGAGUGCAGUGGAAAUGGACAUAAACCGUGCUGGGUGUGUAACGGCGCUGGCACGAAGAAUGGUGAAAACUGCACCACCUGCAAUGGCACUGGCAAGGACAAUUGUAGAGUGUGUGACGGUCGUGCAACAAAGCCUUGCACAACCUGUAACGGAAAACGACAACUGCUGACGUUCAUCCAGCUGAAAGUGGAGUGGACUAACCAUGUGGAUGACCAUUUGGUGCAGCAGGACUCUGGUUUAAAUGUCGAUGACCUUCGCUCAGUGAGCGGGAAGGAGCUGUUCAAGAACAACAACUACUUGAUCUACCCACUGCUCGGGUUCCCCAGUGCCGCCAUUGGUGAGGCCUCCGAUCGACUGAUCAAAGAGCACCAGAGCAAGUUCGCCCAGAACUCCAGGAUCCUGCAGCAGAGGCAGAGGGUUGAGUUGAUCCCCAUUACCAAGGUGAACUACAAGUGGAAAAGCGACACUCAUGUUUACUUCGUCUACGGCAACGAGCACAAAGUCAACGCUGACAACUACCCAGCAACCUGCUGCUGUGUCGUUCAGUAGACGCACACACACACACACACAUGCCACUAAACUCGACUGUCAUGUCUCAUCAUUUUUUCUCUGUUUUUCCACUCUUUCCGGGUCAAAUGUUAAACAACUGUUACCUGCAACAAGAUGUUUCCAAAUUAUAACCAUCUAUUCAUAGAUGCUGUUUGGAGCUGAGGUCUAAAUGUAGUACACAUCAUACAGUGUCUGCACAUAAACACACACACACGUCCACCAUUUACCUCCUGUGACACAUGAUGAAUUCAUAAUAUUGAAGUGAAUAUUGUGUAAUUAACCUCAAUCUGGGCAUCAAAAGCAAAACCACUGCUGCCUUUACAGAUGUCAGUCCCACUCUUGUCAAAAACACGUCACCACUUACGUCAUCAGUGCUCCUCACUCGUAUAAUUGUGAAAGAAAUGGAUUUAUCUCCAACAUUAAGAGCCAAUGGUUUUAUACUUGUCUCUGUGUGUAAACCUGUGUGCUCCAUUAAUUCUGUUACACAGGAACUCGGGUAUUUUCUCAGUGCUGACUGGACACCUAAUUGUCCAAAAUAUUCCGUCUUUAAGAAGUAGGUGUCGGGUUGUGCUUUCCUCCAUGUUUUAAUGAAUGUAGAAACCACUUAAAUGUUUACCUGUGGAAAUCAAAGUAUGUCAUCAGGUACAGAACUUUUGUAUUUCAAGCCAUAGAGUCAUGAAGUGUCAACGUGAAUUUGCUUGUAUCUGUGUGCGUGGAUGUGUUUGAUCGCCAGAGCUCGGUGAUAUGUUGAUGAGCUAUUGUAAGGCUGGGAACUAACUGCAUAGUGCAUCUCAUGCAUCACCGUAUGUUUGGCUCAGGAGUUGUUCUCCUGAGAGAGAUAACUAAAACAAGAAAGAAGCCAAGAUUGUUUUUUUUUUUGUUUUUUUUUAAAUACACUUGACUAAAUUCCCAGGAUCCACAAAGACUGACCAUUUGGAUGAAACAUCUCUAAUCACUGCGGCCAAAAUUAAAGAUUUGCUUAGAUAUUAAAUAUAUGUAUGAUAUAUCGUGUAUAAGAAGAGUCUUUAAGGGUCAUAUAUGUAAAAUAUGCACAACAGUGACCUUUAUACCAUAAACUCAUAAAUGUACACCUGCCAGUUAAAAAGAUUUAUAAAUCCUGAAAAACGUGCGUUAAUCUCCAACAUUUAGCAAGGAAAUCUCUAAAAUCUCAAUACCUAACCGAGGAGUCUGGUAAGGUUUUCCAUGUUGCUUCCCUGUCUUGGAGAAAAUGAUUAUUAUCUCUAUUAUCUCUAUUUUAAUGCAUGUCGGUUGCUGACCCUCAUGUCUCUCCUCCUCUGGUUGAGACGUCUUUGAGAGGGGUGACGACUUCAGUAUUUCUGAUGCUUAACAGCUAGCUGCUCUCUGCUCUCUGUAUGGUAUGCAUAAUAAGACUUUAUUUUGUCAAUAUACUGGCUCUACCAUUGUUGUCAAUGAAGCCAGUAUUUCAAUUUACCAUGUUAGCUUAAUCUCUGAUGACACAUCACGAUGACUUAAUAUGAUGCAUUUCUUACAUAUACGACCUUUUAAAUAUCUUCAGAGCAUUUGUUUCCAAAAAGAAAUAAUAAUUUGACCUAUAAAGUGAAUUCAGUGAUCGCCCUGUGAUUCCACUGAAAUUAGUUGAAUUUGCCACCAAAAUGCUGUCAUUUUAAAAAGCUGCCGUGACUUGGCUUUUAAUCUUUUCAUUUGUAAUGUUUACACUGCAGUACAUACGCUGUCUCUUGGUCAGACUGAAUGGCAUUAUUACCGUUAUCCAAUACCUUUACAGUAGAAUCACUUCUUCAUAAAUAUUUUAUUUGAUGUUUAUCAUGCGUAGUUUAAUGACAGACAAAAAGUCACCAGUGUUGGAACAGUAUUCACAAAUGUUUUUGUUUUUUUUACAUUCAUACAUAUGUAUAUAUAUACAUAUACAUAUAUAUAUAAAUUGCAUUAAUAAUAACCUCAAAUGUUUACAUUAGAUUUUGCUUAGCUCCGUUAAAGCAUUUAUAUUUGCAUUUCUCACAAAAACUCUGCACAGGAAUGUAGUGAGGACAGAAAAUAGCUGACUUUACUGACUUUACAGCUGAAAGAAACGGCAGCAACAUCAUCAACAACUUCCCCAUCCCUUAAGCAACUGAUUAAAAGCAAACAUCAGGGGUCGCACACAUCAAAAGAGGUGAAUGAGUUCAUUUUAAAGCUGUAGUGUGUAACCUUUAAAUACAGACAAAUGACUGUUACAUUCAAUCCACUGUCAAAUGGGUUCACACACAAUGCUGAUUUAAGCCGGUCGGCUCUACCUGGUUCUCACUAUGGCAGGGUUUUGUUUUUGUGUCUGUGGAGACAGAGAGUGACACAUUUUACCAGCGAGCGAUGUUCUUUCACUAACUUCUGCAGGUUCACCUGAGAUAGGUUUGGGGGAUAGACAGAUUUGUUUAGCAAACAUAUUUGAGAUAGUUGCCAAACAACUGACCAAUAGAAUAAAGAAGUAGCUGCUGCCAUCACUAAAGUCAGUUAAUCUGUGAGGGGUGAUUAUAUGCUGUGGUUUGGGGUAUUUUUUUUACUGGCUUUUUGUUUUUCCUUUUCUUUAGUAGUUGGUGUAUUCAGCAGCCUCUGUUUUACUUUAUCAGCUCAAACUGAUGUGUUCAGUUCUUCUCCAAUUUGCCUUAAACAACACUGUGACUGCCAAACUGCUCGACUUGUAACCAAAAUAUACACACAAUGGUGUUUAUUACUGUAGUGCAUUAUCAACUUUAUUACUUUGUUUAACUCUUAACUGAAAAUAAACUUUUGAGAUUCA